AUUAAGUUUAAUGUGAUGUUAGAAUUCUAUGUAAUUUAUACUUCUCUCAUGUCUAUAAAUAAACACUUUGAACUUUGAACAAUUAUUUUUAACCCCCUUAUUGUAAAUCUUAUGUCUAUAAAUAAGUCGGCAGCCAUGGAAGAAGAUGGUAAUCAAGAAUUAAUGGUACGCAUGAAGGAGGCCGAAGACGAAGCAUAUCUGAAGUCAAUGCCGUCUGGUUUUCGUUUCAAGCCUACAGAUGAUGAACUUAUAUUUUACUUGAUGUACAAAGCUCGUAGUAAACCAUUACCACCCACCAGAAUCAAGGAGGUUCCACUUUACAAAUAUGAUCCCGAUAAUCUUACAGCCAGAAGCGGGAACAUGUCGUCAAAUGGAACGAUAAAUGAAUGGUAUUUCUUCACGUCGAGGGAUCGGAAGCAUCCUCAGGGCAAAAGACCAAAUCGAGCCGCCGGCGACGGGUUCUGGAAGGCUGUCAACUCUGAUAAACAUGUCAAGUCCCAUGGAAAGUUAGUUGGUUUGAAGAAAACCCUAGUUUAUUGCAGAGGGAAACCUUCAAAAGCUCAGAAAACCAAUUGGAUCAUGCAUGAAUAUGUAUUAAGCGAUCCUCCUCAAACAACUCAUAAAAAUGAUCACCAGCUUGAUGGAUGGGCAUUAUGUAGAGUAUAUAACAGAAAGCCUGAAGCCCCAAAGGCUCCAGAGAAGAGUUCUCCCCAAAAUUUUGGGAGUAACAAUUUGAAUAUCCAAAAUCAGAUUGGAGAGCAGAGUGCUCUCCAAAAUUUUGGGACUGAAGAUUUGAACUUCUCAGAAUCUGAUAGUUUUCUUUUGUAUGCUAAUUUUGGCAUAGGAAUUUAUUCUUUGUAGUACUACUGCUAACGCAUUGAGAUUUUUGCUUUGUAAUAGUAUUGUAACUUCAUUGAUUAAUUUUUUUAUGUAAAUUUCGUGCAAUUUUUCUAACAUCAAUUUAGUUGGAUUUUUUUUAA